AUGUCGAGAGUCGGUUUACUCGUUUUAGGCCCUGCUGGUGCUGGGAAAAGUACCUUUUGCACUUCUAUCAUUUCCCACAUGCAAACGAUAGGACGUAGAGCCCAUAUCGUGAAUUUGGAUCCAGCUGCCGAAGCUACAGAAUACGAAUUCACAAUAGAUAUCAGAGACCUGAUAUCACUCGAAGAUGUCAUGGAGGAGCUGAAUCUAGGUCCCAACGGCUCAUUGGUUUACUGUUUUGAAUAUUUGAUGAAUAAUUUGGAUUGGUUAGAGGAGGAACUAGGCGAUUAUAACGAUGAAUACCUCAUUUUCGAUUGUCCGGGACAAAUAGAGCUGUACACUCAUAUCCCGGUACUGCCUGCUAUAGCCCGUCAUUUGCAAACACAGCUGAAUUUCAGUUUAUGCGCUGCAUACCUUCUGGAAGCAUCAUUUGUCAUAGACUCAUCAAAGUUCUUCAGCGGAGCCCUGAGUGCAAUGUCUGCUAUGAUUCUCUUGGAGCUUCCGCAUAUCAACAUUUUGAGUAAGAUCGAUGUGAUCAAAGACGAAUACAGCAAAAAGAGAUUGAAAAGGUAUUUGAAUCCAGACCCCACAUUGUUGUUAGACUCGACGAACGAGACUUGGAAUCCGAAAUUUCAAAAACUGAACAAGACCAUCGCCAAUUUGGUUGACGAUUUUGGCAUGGUUCAAUUCUUGCCUCUGGAGGCCAAAAACCCAGAUAGCGUAUCGGCCAUUUUGAGUUACGUAGAUGAUGUGACUCAAUGGGCUGAAGGUCAGGAACCAAAGGAACCCAACGACCAGAUUGAACUUGAAGACAUGUAA